AUGGAGGGUAACGCAACCGAACUGACGGGGUUCACCGAUGAAGCGAAAGCGGGAGUAGGACUAGUAACUGUUGCAUUAGCGAUCCUGACUGUGGCGCUCAAUAGUUUGGCCAUCGUUUCGUUUGUAGUGUUCUCGUCAUUACGAGACAAAUCAUCGGAUUUUCUCAUUCUGAACCUUGCUGUCACGGAUUUAUUGCUCGGUUUACUUGUUCUGCCGUUUAGUAUCGCCCGCAAGAUGCAGGGAGAAUGGUACUUCGGUUCCGUGACGUGCAAACUAUGGCGCAGCUUCGAUGUGUGCCUGUGCCUCCAGACGUUGUGGACAGCGAUGUUUAUAAGCGUUGACAAGUACGUGUACACGUCGCAUCCUCAGCGGUACACGGUCAUUGUUACAACCAUGCGUCUGCGGAUCAUUAUAGUUUCGUCAUGGUGCGUUGCCGUGGCAUUCUCUUUUAUACUGAACAUGACAGAUAUUGCAAUAGAUCGCACCAGCGUUACACUUGUUCCACCUGAUUCGUGUAUGUAUGUGCUUGAUUCUCGUUACGCCGUAUCGGCUUUCUUCGUUAACUUCGCCUGCCCGUCCCUGGUCAUACUGGGGACUAGCUACCACACCUUCCGGGCUGUGAAUCAGCAACACAGGCAAGUGGAGGCCCUGAUGUCGAAUAAUGCUCUUCACGUCAGAGGGCAAGGGAUACAAGCAGACAGUCAUCAAUUAUCGGAAGUGAAAUCAAUCAAAGCGUUAUCUGUACUCCUAACAAUACUUGUGGUCAUGUGGUCGCCGCGAUUCGUCGUGUUAUUCGUGGACGCGGUAUGCUACUGUGUACAUCCCGUACUUUUGGAGACGUGUACAUGGAUAGGAUACUGUAACUCGGUUGUCAACCCGAUGCUAUACGCCUUUAACGAUAGGUAUCGGAAAGCGUAUAGGAAACUACUACAUUGUGAUUUCCACUCCGAGGUUUUAGAUGACUCUGAUCAACAUAUGAAUCCUAUUGCUGGUGUAUCCAGACCCAAUCCCAAACCAUAA